UCGCAGAGGGUGACUCCAUUCUCCUUUUUAAAAAGGAGUGUCGCCACCAUGCAAAAGGUUAGUAGUUAGUGCAAGAGAUGAAACAAGAACUCGAGAGCGUUUCAAUGGAGGAACAGCUCAUCUCAAGAAGAGGAGGAGAAGAAGAAGAAGAACAGAAUCUAUGGCUUCCAUUUCUGUCCCUCGUUCAAGCUCUCAAGCCUUUGUUCAAGUGCCUCGGUCUUGAUCUUCCUCCUCCUUCUUCUUCUUCUUGCAAGCCUGAAAGCUACCCGACAACAGAGGCGAAGGUUCUGAAAGUUGAAGUGUCCGCGAGGAGCAUGCACGUGGAUCCAAAAGAGCGUGAAAAACACCAUGCUACCCCCAGCAGCCCAGGUAAAGUCAACCACUUCGACCUUUGACUUUGAUAGCCAUAUUGUAUGUACGUACGUACCUGCGUGUGUACGUGCGAGAGUGUAUCUAUGUGGUGUGCGUGUUUCAGAUCUUUGUACAAUGGCAAUAAUGUAAAUACGAUUAUUUACAUUACUGCCCUUUUCUUUUGCACGAGUGUGGUGGUUUGGUUCAUGUAAACCUUCGAGAAAUAAAUGAGUGCGGACUUGCUUUGUAGUUUGUAAUACAACUAUACAAUGUUGCCUCAGUGUUAACCUAACCGGAUUCCGGUUUAA